GGAGAGCGAGAGCAGCACAAGAGUUGGAAGGUAAAAAGACACACCUCCCAUGCCCUGAGAAUGUACGAAUGAGUGUGUGUGUGUGUGUGUGUGUGUGUGUGUGUGUGUGUGUACGAGAGAGAGAUCAAGAAAGGAGUGAAGGGGCGGGACUGGCCUCUGUCUACCCUCAUAUAAGUAGCAGGGCAAACAUAGAGCCUCCCUAUUUAGCAGACAAGAGUGAAAUCUCAAGAGAGGACUGUGUGUGUGUGUGUUCAACACCUACUUAUACUUGUUUGAAUUCUUGGGACCUGUUUUAUGACUGGAUAAGGUGGAUGACAGACUGGAUCUCUGGAAAAAAGAGAAAGCUUUUUUUUUGUUAACGUUGCACUGUGAACGACAGUUGGAUUGCACGUCUUAGUGUUACUUCUUUGUGUGUUUAUUUGACUCUGGCACUCACAUGCUUAAAAGGACUCAGUAAACGAAGAACGGACUUAAAGAAUAAUAUUUUUUUCCCUCAGUUCUACUGAUCAUUUGUUAAAGUCCACUCCACAGCUUUGAUUUCAUUGGUUGGUGCCAUCCUGCUUUUUUUCCCCAUCAUGCAUUUGAAAAUGACAAAGUGUAAUCGGUUCUGCCUGGUAGCGGCACUGGUGGAUCAGGAUGUGUUCAGUCAACCUGAAGUCCGGGCUCGGUUUGAAGCCGUGUUCCUGGCCUUCGAUGCCGGCACAACGUUCCAGUUCUUCAAGAGUUUCCGGCGCGUGCGCAUCAACUUCACGGAUGCCCUCGCCGCGGCUGAGGCUCGCGAGAAGCUGCACAAGACUGACUUCAACGGCAAAGAGAUGCGCCUGUACUUUGCACAGUCGGUCCACAUUGGCAGCCCCAGCCUGCAGCCUCCCAAGCCGGACAAGCAGUUCCUCAUCUCCCCUCCGGCGUCCCCUCCGGUGGGCUGGCAGCAGACGCCCGACGCCCAGCCGCUUAUCAACUACGAUCUGCUGCGUGCCGUCUCCAAACUGGGGCCAGGGGAGCAGUACGAGCUCCACACCGGCACACCCACCACCCCCAGCGUGAUCGUCCACGUGUGCGAGACCGAGGAGGACAGCUCGGAGGGCGAGGCCGACGGCGGAGCGGACGGUGGCGAGGGGGGCAAGCAGCGCGCGCGCCCCAAGAUCAUCCAGACCCGCCGCCCAGACUUCGCCCCCGCCGUCACGCAGUGAGCCGCCCCGGCGUCAAGGUCCAGAGUUUUUUCAAAAGCCUGUGGCGGCGGUGGUCGCCAUGAAGCUGCUGUCUCUCUAUUUGUCAUCCCAAGCACCAGGGGGCGCUGGGUGGGGGGGGGGGGGAGUCUGCCCCCCACACACAUCACAGCCAGAGACGCCAGCAGCAACUCCUCAUCCGAAAAUACACUUUUCCUCUCUCCCACUCCCCAUCUCCCUCUAGCAUACGCAGAGGACCGGAGAUCCGUCGCAUCUGGGAUAUGGUCAUAACAUUGUAAACUGUUUUGUUUGUUUUUCUAAAAAAAAUCACAGCAGAUAUUGUGUCUCUUUUUUUUUCUUUUUUGUCUUUUGCUCUGUUUGUGAUCCAGGACAACUGUGAGACGGAGGAAGAUGGACUGUACUAGCUGUUUUGUGUGGGGCUUUGACGCCUCCAUCUCCUGUGCUGAAUACAGCUCUGCCCCUUCCAGACAGGUGUGUGAGAGCAGUUGUGUUAACCGCUGUAAAAUACUGUGUCUUUUGUGUCCAGUGGAUGAUUGUGUCUUGCAUUGUACAGCCUCUCAAGGUUAUGGGGGAGGUUCUUUUUUCCGUAUUUGCCACUAUGAUCUUUGUGUCGUCUGUAAUGUAAAACAAACAUACAAACAAACAAACAAAAACUUUUAUCAUCUCUGACUCAAACGUAGCUCUGUGUCGUCAUCUCCAAAAGGGUCUGACCAGUUAUGUCCUGUCGAGAUUACCGCAGACAUGUAUGAGUCUAACCGCAUGGUGCACUUUAAGAGGGAAGCCUUAACCUAUACUACGCUACUUAGACAACUCAGACUAGCUAGAACUGCGCACAAUUAGAUAGGAGAUGAGUAGGUGAUUCAUUAUGACUUGUCAUACCAAACCUGGAAGGAGGACGGUAGGAUAUUUGACAACGUUGAGUUAAUUUACACAAGUGGGUUCAUUUUACAUAAGUGGUAAGAAAAACAUUAUGUAGCUCUUUUUGAUGUGCUAGGAAAUCCAUUUUGAAUAAAGAUAUCUUGCUCGUAAGCACUGGAUUUCAACCUAAAUAAAAUUAUCUAUACCAAA